AUGGCAGCAACAACACCAGUACAACCUAUUCGGACAUCUGAGAAAGAAGGAAUAAGCGUGACUCAUCACCAGGAGAGCACAGAUGGGAUUAGGGUAGAAGUCCUUCGGGGAUCAAUGGCCUUAGAGUUGGCCAGACGAACUCAUCCCCCAAAUCCAUGGAGUCUGCAAAUGCGAAAGCUAUACGCAUUUAUGGCUGUAGCAUAUUUGUGCUCGGUCUUGAACGGAUUUGAUGGCUCGCUCAUGGGCUCUUUGCUUCCUAUUCCUCAGUUUCAAAAAACGUUUGGGGCUGGCUUGGUUGGCUCUCAGGCGUCUCUCAUCCAGGGGAUGUAUACCAUUGGAGGUGUCAGCGCGCUCUUUUUUGUUGGCUACCUGCUCGACAACUUCGGUCGACGAUUCGGCAUGUUUGUUGGGUCUCUAUCGGUCAUUCUCGGAACUAUUCUUGGGGGCACCGCCAAUCAUAUGGAUCAACUACUUGCCAGUCGAUUUUUCCUUGGCUUCGGAUAUUCUAUUGCUACGUCCGCCGCACCCGCCUAUGUGGUCGAGAUGAGCCAUCCCGCCUAUCGUGACGUCUUGACUGGUCUUUACAAUUGUCAAUACUUUGUUGGUGCUAUUGCCGCUGCUGGCGCUUGUCGAGGAUGUCUAGUGUAUCCAGACUCCCGUGCUUGGCGCAUUCCUGUUUGGUGUCAACUGAUUUCCUCCUCCUUCGUUGUAGCCCUUGUUUGGCUCAUUCCCGAAUCACCGCGGUGGCUUUACAGCCACGGCCACAGUGAGAAGGCCUGGGAUGUCAUCACCAAAUAUCAUGGCGAGGGUAGUCGUGAAAACGCCUUUGUUGCUCUUCAAAUUCGCGAAUAUGAGGAGGCAAUCAAUAUCCAAGGAUCGGAUAAGCGGUCUUGGGACUUUCGGGAGCUCAUCAACACUAAGCCUGCGAGAUGGCGUCUUGCGUGUGUUGUUAUCGCAUCUUUCAUGAGCCAGUGGGCGCAGGGAGGUGUAACAACCUACUAUAUAGGCGGACUUUUGGAAAGUGCUGGUGUCACUGAUGCUAGUCGAGUCCUGGAUGUCAAUCUCGGCUUCACUGUUCUCUCUGCUGCAGGAGCCUAUAUGGGUGGCUUUUUAGCACCAACCCUACGACGACGACCUAUGCUACUUGGUGCAUCUAUCGCUUGUGGUCUCGGUUUUGCUGGGCUAUCAGCCGCUACGGGUGUGUACUCAGAAAUGCAGGAUACUUCGGCGGCCACAGCUUCAAUCGUGAUUAUCUUCCUCAUCGGCUUUUCCUUUAGCAUUGGAUGGACACCAUUGCAAGCGAUGUACCCUGUGGAGUGCCUGGCAUAUGAAACUCGUGCUAAAGGAAUGGCUGUAUACUCAGUCUUCACUAACGUCGCGUUGCUCGUGAACCAGUUUGGAAUGGGGAACGCCAUGGCUGUCAUCAAAUGGCAUACUUAUAUCCUCUUGGCCGGCUGGAAUAUAUUGCAAGCCAUCUUUAUCUACUUCUUUGCUGUUGAGACAUGCAAGCGGACUCUCGAGGAGCUCACGGAUAUAUUUAAUGCUCCUAACCCGAGAAAGAAGAGCACCGAAUCACAGAAGAUCUUGGUCUUUACAGAAACAGAUGAGGUGCUGCAGGCUAGAGAUGCUUGA